CGAGUUUCUAGGCGCCAACCCCAACAUUACUCGAACGAUUUAGAAUCAUUUGAAGAUGGAUAUUCCAAAAAAGUGAUUUCCUUGUUUAGUUCUAGUCAGAUCUCUAGAUAAUAAGGUAUUGUCCUAAAAUAGUUUGUUUGAAAUUUGUAUCCAUAUAUGGGCAAUGUGUUUGUGUUUUCCUAUCAAAUUUUCAGGUGUGGAUGUAAUUUCCCUGUUACCAAGCCCAGAGCAAUUGUUUGCUGCUGAUGAAUUAACAGACCUGGUCAAAGAUCCACAAUUUCAUUAUCUUAUUGAAUCUGGUUUUGAGCAUAUGCGAAAUCUUUUAACAAAACAAAACUGUAAUACAUUGCAAGAUGUUGUAAUGACUGAUAUAUGUGUAUAGAAUAUUAUCUUAAUUAUAUAUGUAUUUCUUUAUGUAUUCUAAGAUAAUUUGUUUGUAUAAAUAAAAUUUAUAUAUAAUAAA